UCAGUGAUUGCCAAGCACUUACAGGGCCGCAUAGGCAAGCAGUGCCGAGAGCGCUGGCACAAUCACCUCAACCCAGAAGUGAAGAAAUCCUCCUGGACCCAGGAAGAGGAUCGUAUUAUCUAUGAAGCGCAUAAACGUCUGGGCAACCGCUGGGCUGAGAUCUCAAAGCUGCUUCCUGGACGGACAGACAACUCCAUUAAGAAUCAUUGGAACUCCACCAUGCGCAGGAAGGUGGAACAUGAGGGUUACUUGCAGGAGGGCAGCAAGAGCUACAGCAGUGACCCUGGCCAGAAGAAACGCCCCAAAUCCAGUCCAUCUGUGGAAUAUCAACAUGACCAGAAUCAAAUGAUCAUGAGUGGCCAAUCACAGCCACCCAGAUAUCCGUAUGGUUCACAAAGUGGCCAGUGUAUGGAAAACAUUAGUGUUGAGAUCUCUAGCUUUAUGUCGCCAUGCCAUGACGACCCAGACAAAGAGAAAAGAAUUAAGGAGCUAGAGCUGUUGCUAAU